CUUCACUUCCUUAUUGCGCUUCAACAUCUUGCGUAUUGAACUUGCACAGAUGGGCAUCAUCACCGGGUGCUUCCUGACGCUCUCUAUCUUGUUUUGUGCCUUCCGCCUCCUCGUAAAGAGUUAUCGUCGUGGUUUGCGAUUACCUCCUGGGCCAACGGGCAUCCCUAUCCUGGGCAAUAUCUUACAAGUUCAGGCUCAGCGUGAUGUACCACUUUGGAUCGAGUAUUCCAACUGGGCGCAAACCUACGGCGAUGUGUUUUCCUUCAGUGUCUUUGGAUCACGCACCGUUGUUCUGAACUCGUACAAAGCGAUCACCGAACUUCUAGAGCACCGAUCUCACAAUUACUCAGAUAGACCCCGCCAAACCAUGCUCGUCGAGCUGAUGAGGUGGAACUGGAUGUUUUCUUUGAUGGAAUAUUCUGACCAGUGGAGAUUACACCGGAAGACCUUCCACCAGUCUUUCCACCCUCGUUCGCUAUCAGAAUACCACGACAUUCAGAGGCGGAGGACAGCACAGUUAGUAAAGAAGCUACUGACAUCGCCAAAUGACUUCUUUCAGCAUGUCAGGAUGCAUUCUGGAGGAAUAAUCCUUGAAGCCAUCUACGGUUAUUGCAUUCAGGACAACAACGACCCAUAUGUCAAGCUGGCAGAUGACUUGUUAUUAGGAGCGGGGGAAGCGGGUGCUUACGGAGCAUUCUUGGUUGACUACAUACCGAUGCUAAGAUAUGUUCCUGCCUGGUUCCCGGGUGCCACUUUCAAAGCGAAAGCCGACUUGUGGGCCCGAGAAUCAGAUCGUCUCAAGGAUAUCCCAUGGGUGCAUCUUAAGCAAUCAAUAGAGGACGGAACCGCCGUCCCCUGCUUCUCUACACGAAACCUAGAAGAAUUCGGAAUAUCACGCGCUUCAAAUAAUAAUCCGGAGAUGGAAGAAGUAAUCAAGAACUGUGCUGCCAUAGCUUUCAUUGCUGGUGCAGACACGACCGUGUCGGUCAUUCUAACCUUCAUUUUGGCAAUGGUGUUGAACCCUCAAGUUCAGGUCCGCGCCCAGAAAGAACUCGACAGAGUGACUGGUUCCUCUGGGUUUCCCGAUUUUGCUGACCGAGAAAGUUUGCCCUACGUGAAUGCUGUCCUUGCGGAGACUUUAAGAUGGAAUCCCGUUACACGAAUAACCUUGCCUCAUCGAGUUGUGAACGACGAUGUAUAUGAAGGAUAUUUCAUACCCGCGGGUUCAACAAUUCUCCCAAAUGCCUGGGCUGUUCUGCACGACGAGUCUCUUUACGGACCUGACCCAACAAAUUUCAACCCAGAUCGCUUUCUGAAAUCGGAUGAGAAAGACCUCCCACCCAAUCCCGAACUCAUUGCAUUCGGGUUCGGUAGACGAAGCUGUCCCGGACGGCAUUUCGCUGUGAACACGGUUUGGAUUGCGAUGACAUACCUCCUGACUGCUUUUACGAUGGGCAAAGAAGUCGAUGAGGACGGGAAGGAAAUCGAUCCAGUGGUUGAAUACACGGACGCUUUGUCGACCCGACCGCUUCCGUUCAACUGCCGGUUUAUUUCAAGGUCCCCGGCGUGAGCCUUGUAUCGGUCUUUAACUCGGGAAAGAGGAUGUCAAUUUACUUUGCCAAUGGACCAAGUACAUUGUCGGCCCAAUCGGAGUCCCCGGACGUCCCGUCGAUACCUGUAUCUUGCAUUGCUGAAGUGACCGUAAAGGAACAUUCAAUGAGGUGGUCUUGAGCUUGACAUCUUGCUGAAGCCCGUUCGACAGUGAAGCUUGAUGAGAAUAUUAACAUAUAUCAUGACUGUUGGAACAACGGAAGAAAAAGGGGAAAAACCAUCAAGAUACUAAACUGGUAUAAGACGUAUGGCGGAAAAUAAAAAAAAAGCAAAACUAGCGGUCAAGAAGUUUUGAGAAAUAUGGACCCUGCUACCGCAGGCUAACUUCAAGUUGCCAUCUCCGCUA